UCGUUACCUCUUGAAUUCUCUGGGGAGGGGGGAAAAAACUGAGCUUUAACGUUGGAGAGAUUGCCCUCAAACUACGUAUCUUUUGACAAGCAAAAUUCGAUGGCGACCCUAGCACAAGUUGUAUUAUUUAAAAUUAAAUUUCCGGUACCUAGUUUAAGGAUCUUUCGUUUUUGCGAUGCGGGAUUUGUUAGAAUUUAGUUAUAAGCUCAUGUUGUUAGUUGCAGUGUCAUGUCAACGAAGGAAAUUUUGCUUUUUAACGAUUCGUAUAUUAAUUUAUACAAACUCCAAUGUGAAGGUCGUGCGUUGGAUCUACAAUUGAUAGGCUGACAGCUCCUUUUUCUUCAUUCUAAGCUUCGAAGCAGCAGUUCAUCCUCUCUAUCCACCAGAAGAUCCAGUCCAAUAAAUACCAUAUGAGAAGCUUUAAGGAAACUUCUUCUUGAUGGACUGCUCACCCAGCAGCAGUGACAAGAGAACAUUGAAGCGGUGGUUUUUCAUAGACAAAAGAGUUGGGUAAACAAGUGAAGCUCAGGUUGCACAAGGAAAAGUAACGCAGUGUUUUCCACGGUGAACUGACUCCUGAUUAUAUCAUAGACGACCAAUUAUUGCCGGUCUUGAUUGAUACAACCCCCAAUGGACUUGAAGUCGUCCCAUGUAUCUCCUGUCCUAACAGACCCUGUUCCUGUGAACAAGUCAAGACUGGGAAUCCACUCUAGUGUGUUAAGUUACUCGCAGCCGGAUCCUCCCUCUAGUACUCCAGGCAAGUACACAAGGACCAGUUCGAGAAAAAGUCCUGGCAAUCUUGAUGAUGUACGCUCCAAUGGAUGGCUAGACGCCAUGAAGGCCUCCUCGCCCCCGAGGAAGAAGCUAGUUAAGGGUUCUAAUAACACUCAGGUCACUCAUUUUGACUCUGACAGUGAGGACUAUCACUCCUGGAUGCGAGAGUACCCAUCCGCACUGGACGCUUUUGACGACCUUGUUGACCGUGCAAAGGAUAAGAAGAUUGCAAUGUUUCUAGAUUAUGAUGGGACUCUUUCCCCUAUAGUGGACGAUCCAGAUUCUGCCUUUAUGUCCGAAGCUAUGCGGGCAACGGUGAGAAGUGUGGCGAAGUAUUUUCCCACGGCAAUCAUUAGUGGAAGAAGCCGUGAUCAGGUUUUUGAUUUGGUAAAAUUAACGGAACUCUACUAUGCUGGAAGUCAUGGGAUGGACAUCAUUGGCCCAGCCCGUGAAGCUUUGUUCAAUAACCAUCCAAAUUGCGUGAAAUCUACUGAUCAUCAGGGAAAGGAAAUAACUCUGUUUCAACCCGCAAAAGAAUUCCUGCCUAUGAUCGACAAGGUUUUUAGAACCCUCGUCGAGAUAACUAGAGAUAUCAAGGGCGCAAAGGUUGAAAAUCACAAGUUUUGCGCCUCUGUACAUUAUCGUAAUGUGGAUGAGAAUAAUUGGAUAACUGUCGGACAACUUGUCCACGACAUGUUAAAAAACUACCCACGCUUGCGUUCAACUCACGGACGCAGGGUUUUAGAGGUGCGUCCGGCGAUUGAUUGGAACAAAGGAAAAGCAGUUGAGUUUUUACUCGAGUCUCUAGGGUUUAGUGAUAGGGAUGAUGUGAUCGCGAUCUACAUUGGGGAUGACAAGACGGACGAAGAUGCAUUUAAGGUGUUGCGGGAGAACAAGAGAGGAUAUGGCAUUCUGGUGUCGCCGGUGAAGAAAGAGAGCAACGCCUUUUACUCUCUGAGGGACCCCUCGGAAGUCAUGAAAUUUCUGCAGAUGCUGCUCAGUUGGAAGAGGCAACAAGACGACGACCCGAAGCGAUCCCCCGCUCUUGGCGCUUCGUUUUGAUUUGAACGCAUCACGACUUCUUUUUUUUUUGAGCUGAUUCCAUUCAUUCGUAUUGCCGAAGGCUACCGAUUUCCCCUCCAGCUUACUGGGAUUUUCAUCGCUUGGAUUUUUUUUUUAAUUAAUUCUAAAUCUCAACAGCAAUUAUUUUUUUGCUUUUUAUAAUGGCUCUUUAGUCUUUCCCUUGUCUCUAUUUCCCCAACGAUAUGCAGAAUGAGCAU